UUUGUUUUCGGCGCAGCGUUUCAGUUGGAGCUUUGGCAUCUCUCGGCAAACAGCCCUAUUUAGCGCAUAGAAAAUACAUAUUUUUGUUAAGAAGGAAAUUUUUAAGGCUUUUCGACGAUGGUCAACGAGUUGAACAGACCUCAGACUGGGGAUAAUGCUGCACUGAGCGAGCGUCUGGCAGCCUCCAACCUGCAGCUUCAGGAGAUGCAGGAGGAGCACAGGCAGCUGUUGCUGGAGAUGGAGACCCUGCGAACACGCGCAGCCGAGCUAACGCGUCUGAAUGCGCAGCGUCACCAAGUUCGGGAGGCAGCUAGUGAGGCCGCUCCGCUCCAGGAACCGCUAGCCACACAAGAGGAAGUCCCAACUCAGCCAGAUUCAACUAGUGCUCCUCAUCCUGAUCCAGUUCCAUCGGAAAGUCCAGAACCUAACCAAGAGGAGACCUCCACCAGCGACGAGGACAAGGAGGAGACGGCGAGUUACCUUCAGGAGAAGCUGAACGAGAUUGCUAAUCUGAAGGCGCAGUUUAAAAGAGUCCAGCACAUGGUGGACACAACCAAGUUGAUCGAGCAGCAUAUUUCCACCAGGGAGACCUCGCAAAGCUCUUCUUCCAGCCAUAGCAGUCGCCAGACCACGACCUCGGAGGUCCGAGUGCCUGUCCAGAGGGAGGAGCCUGCAUCCAGCGAAGGCCAAAGCCCGAAUGCCUCAGAGAGUGCGCCUCCUGACAACGCAGAGUUACUUAAUGCUAUGCUGAACAUGUUCACCGACUUCACGAGCGAUCUUAGGGGACAGGCGGAAAGCCUCCGGGCUGAGAGGGAUCGAAUUAGGACUCUCAAGGAAGAAAUUAUGCAGCGCAAACAGGGAAAAUAAGACCCACUCUUGCAAUGGU